CAGUUGCCCUUGAUUUUAACCUUCGUUGGAUAACUAUGACCUGGAUGACUGAGAAUCUUCAUAGACAUCUUACCUAAAUUUAGCUUUAUUUCUCAAUUUUAUCAUAACAGACGACCCACGAACGGAGAUUCGGCGGGCCCGUCGCACUGCUGUAUUUUAUUGAGAAUGUAUUGUAGUUUUUGAGUACAUUUAAGUAUGUUAGCACUGUGACUGAAUCAGGCUUGCCUGACCUGGUCUUGUUCAGUGCAGAGCUGCCUUGCUUACACAAACUGAACAGGCAGGUGUCAUCCUGAAGUUUCUUGAAGGUCUUCAGCGUAAUCUGAUUCACUGUAUACAACAAAAACACAAAUAUGUAUUAAAAUAACUGCAAAAAUAUUUAUGCCUCCCCCAAAAGGGCGCUCGCAUAGAAGGCCUCUCCGUCUCAAAGUCCCGGGCUGAAUUUCAGUCCCAGUACAUUCCUGAAAAGUACAAUAUUUGAGUGCAAAUGAGACGGAUGUUAAGUAUGUAAAAAUUUGCACAGUACUUGAGUACUUGUAAAUGUACUUACUUUCCACCACUGCACAUUGGAAGACUGGACUGAAGAUUUAUAAUUAGAUUGUACUUAUUUGCAUCAGCUUUUAUCCUAUGUUACAACCUUUAAGAGCCUCAUGUGACCAUGUUUUUACACAGUAACUGAAAAAUCUUCUUUUCUUUCAAAUGAGACUAAAAACACAACAACUCAUGAGCAUGUUUUGUUUUAAUCCAGUAUAACUUUGGUUUCUUUGUUCAACUCUGACAUAAUAACCGCCAUAUUGAGUCCCCGCUUUCUGCCACUCUGGCUUGUAUUGCUGAUUGUUUAAACUAGCCCAUCAGAUUGCAAUAUGGAGCUAGAUUUCCAGAUCUGUCAGAGACCAUUUUGACAAGAAAAUCUUCAAGUAGCAACACGUGCAAUCAGGCCUGACUCAAAACCCAGUCAUACUGUAACAUGAAGCUUGCUGGUUUAUUCACCACCACCACCACUGCCAAGCAAUAAUAGACGUUGUGCAAUACAGCAAAUGCACUCCUGAACCUGUUCUUUCUGCUGAGUUGGCAGAUAUUUAUAAAAACAAAAAGCAUGACAAAAGAUGAAGACAAGCAGCUACUGUCACUAGUUUUAUUCUGACCUCUUUUAUUAUUAUUUAUUGGAUAUGGGUUUAAAGGUUAACCACCUACAGGAUGGACCUGUCACUCUGUGGGUGUGUUUAGGGUGUGAACACAACCAAUGAACACAUCCACUGUCUCCCUUGUGACACUAUUUGUCACAAAGGAGAGUGGAUCCUGAAUAUUUGCUCAGCCCGCGUUCACUGGAUUCUUAUCAACUUUAAUAGCAGAGCUAGUUAGUGUCACCUGGCUCUGUUACUCCAUCUUGGACUGCAGAGGGAAAAAUGGGUAGAAGAAAAUGUGUGAGGAUGAAAAUGCGGCGACACAGGGUGUUCUUGCUGUGCACAGUGGGCCUGUGUGUCAUCUCCUUCCUCCACUACUACAAGGCUCUCCACUACGUCUCCCUACUGCGUGAGCUCUCCGCUCCGUACCCAAACAUCAAGUCCUUCAUCAUGGUCACCGGCUUUUUCUGGAGGGAGAAGGGUGUGGCCACCACCCCGCUCAGCCCCGCCUCUCCUGAAGAGGCCCCUCCCCUACCUGUUCUCCAUCAAUUGGACACCAAAGCUAGAGCUGUGGCUGGAGGAGGGGUGGGUCUGGGGAUUGGGGGUGUAAUGGUUGGAAUUGUUGGCAGUGAAGGGCGGGAGAUGAGGGAGGAGCCGGCGCCCCCCCACCCUUGGGAAAAACCAGAGGAGAACCAGCGGGGAGACACUCCAAAUGAGGAGAGAGCUGAAGACCACUUGAAGCCACGGAAACCCAGCAUCCAAGCCCAACAUGUUGGGCCUGACAUCCCAAAGGCCCCAUUGGUGGCAAAAGAGCCUCAUGUGGUGUUCAUCAAGGACCCCUUAGAAACUCUGGGAGACCUCCACACCCGCAAACACCAACUUCAUGAUGACAAAACACCUUACUUUGUCCGAACCAAAGCUGGAGCCCUUUGCUUCAGGCAGGGGACAGAAAUGGCUACCCCAAAGGAGUACUCUGGGAAAUCAGGGGGGUCUGUGGCCAAUGGGGCUGAGGAAGCUGCUCGAGUUGGGCCUGCUGCGCAACGCAAACCUCUGGAGGUCCAGCAGCAGCCCUCUGUAGCUCCAAAAGCCAAGGCCAGGGCCAGAGGCAAUGGGAAGCGGUUGGUCAAAUGUGUGUGUCGGCCGGGUUGGCACGGACCUUACUGUGGGGUUCCCACCAUGGUGUAUCACUCCAAUCUGCCCACUAAGGAGCGGCUGACACCCAGAGGAACUCCGCGGAGGGUGAUCAAUGCCAUCAACGUUAACCACGAGUUUGACCUGCUCCAUGUACGCUUUCAUGAGCUCGCCCAAGCCGUUGAUCUGUUCCUUGUUUGUGAAUCCAACUUUACUGCCUACGGAGAGAAACGGCCUCUCAGUUUCCUGCGGCUCCUCCUCAAUGGCACGUAUGACUACAUACGUCACAAGAUCCUGUACGUGUUCCUUGACCACUUCCCAGAGGGUGGUCGACAGGACGGCUGGAUUGCUGAUGACUACUUGCGUACCUUUCUGACACACAAUGGCAUGUCCAGGGUGUUGGGCGCAAGAUCGGACGACGUAUUUGUCAUCAAUGACGCAGAUGAAAUCCCUUCACAUGAGGGCCUCCUUUUCCUCAAGCUGUUUGAUGGCUGGACAGAACCUUUUGCCAUCCACAUGCGCAAGUCACUGUAUGGAUUUUUCUGGAAGCAGUUUGGUUCUCUAGAGGUAGUAUCAGGCUGCACAGUGGGGAUGCUUCGCGAUGUCUACGAUGGCGACGGUAUCAAGCUCCGCCGUCGCGAAUACUACACCAUGCCAGGUUUCCGUAAGUAUGAGAAUGACACCGGCCACAUCCUGGUGCAAUGGUCAGUGGGCAGCCCCUUCCACUUUGCUGGAUGGCACUGCUCCUGGUGCUUCACGCCUGAGGGGAUCUACUUCAAGCUGGUGUCAGCGCAGAACGGAGACUUUCCACGGUGGGGUGACUACGAGGACAAGCGUGACCUCAACUACAUCCGCGAUCUGAUCCGGACAGGGGUCUGGUUCGAUGGCUCCCUGCAGGAAUAUCCCCCUGUGGACCCCAAAGAGCACAUGUACGCCCCCAAGUACAUGCUGGAGCACUAUGACAGGUACCGCUACCUCCUGGAGAACCCUUACAACAAAGUGUCCAGACUGAGUGAGCGCUAGCAAUUCAGCUAGAACAAGCUAUGUGAAAUAACUAGCAAAGCCAGAGUGAGGCCUCAGAAUUUUGGGGGGCGGAACAGUACUGAUGAACUACAUCUCUCAUUGGAGCGAUACUACGAGUAUCUCCACCAGGCAGCACUGAUGUUGCAAGGAUUUAAUCUCUUAAAAAUCAUUAUUAAAAAAGGGUCAAAAAGGGAACACUUAAUCACAUCCACCAUGGAUUUACAGAGAGAUUAUUAAGAGGAUACAACCACUGGAUAAACAAAAUCAAAGAACUCCUCAUUUUUCCCUUUUUGGGGGAGGAGCCAAGCUAUCUCUCUUUUUUUGUCAUCCUGCUCCUGUCCUCCCUUACUUCACCCGAGCCAAUAUGACAUACCUGCUGUCUGAGAGAAAGGCACUGUUUCGAGGUAAUGGAAGGGUAUUUUUGGAGCCAUUUGAAACCUGUGGAGACAAGAAACUUGGAAGUAAAGGAUUGGGGUUUUUUUUGUUUGUUUCUGUCUUUGUUCAUUAAAGUUUACGGACUGGCUGAUGUUCCCGCUUCACUCUCCACCUUCAGAUGUCUUCCUGUCAUAUUUGGUGACCUCCUUCCAGAAACAGACAUACAUUCAGAUAUUAUAUUAUUCUUGGGUCUCAGUAGCAAUUUAUAAGUCCUUUUAAACCCCGCUGGAGUACCCACUGCCAAAUGAAAAGGAAUGACUUGAUGGAGGUGUUUCAACUAAUUCAUAUACUCGCACUCAUUCAAAUGCACCUUAGACCUGUGUCUGUGUGUUUGUAAAAAAAAAAGUGUGUGUGGUCUGUCUUUGUAUCAUAUUGUGAGGUUUUGGGCUGUGAAGGGGAUACAAGAUCAGCGAGAGGAAAAGGAAAUUGAGAAAGAAUCAUCGGGGGGGACGGGGCAGAAAGACCAGGAGAUGGGAAAACAGCACAGGCGAGACAGCAGGCAAGGAAAGAAAGGAGAAUAAUGAGGGAGGAAGAGAGCGGUGAUGAAAAGGAAUGAAAGAAAAGGAGGCUCUCUCGACGUUCUCUUUCCCACAGUGUCUACUGAUGUAUGAGUGUGCAGAAUGUGUGUCCCUCAGAGCUUACAGACAGCUCUGAAUAAAUCAUGCUCUGUCAUGCUCCGUUAUUGUUUGUUCGAUGAGAACAAUUGAGACCAGUUGGGGAAAGCUUCACCCGUCAGUUUCGUCUCUUGGUCUGUCCAGCAGCUGAGAUGACUUUGUUUCCUUGGAAACUAAAGUACGGGAAAGAAGAGAUGGGUGUUGUCAAGAAGAGUGGGUUGGUUCACAUCAGGCAAGGAGCUGUAGCAUUCAGACGAGGUCAGCACUGAUUGUAAGUCCCCUCAGUUACAUAUUCCUCUUUCUCCUCAGCUGUCAAUCAGCCACGCUCUGAAAAUGACUCUUCUAAGCCUUUUCUGUCUUUCUCCUGUCCUCUUUCUUUCUUUCUUGUUACACUGUUAACGUUUCCUUUCUGUGGUGUUGGUUUCCUCCUAAUCCUCAUUAACAAGGCGCAUUUUUCUCUAUUCAGUUCAAUUAUUUUUCUCUCUUUCUCUACACAUUCACCUCUCUGUCAGAAAUGCCCAACUCUUCCUCUAACUCCCCCUCCCUCACACACUGGGUCUCACACUCCAUUUUGGAUGUGUAUCUAUUUCCUCUUAACCCUCACAAAAAUGCCCCAUUUCAAUAAUAGGGGUGUAUUUACCUUCUCUCUGCCUCUUUCAUUUCCCCGACUCGACAGGACAGGACAGGGUUGUUGUUACCAUGGCGAUGCCAACCCUGUGCCCACACAUAACUAUCAUCUAAACAUUUAGGCAUGAGCGCUCAUGCCCCUUUCCUUCUCCCUGCUGUACAACAGCUGUAGAUGUGGCUAAACGCCUAAAUCCCCACCCCACAUUGUUCGGCAGAGGUUGUGAACAAUUCGGCGAGCAUAUUUUUCUCUGUUGGUGUGUGUCAUGUGGGCCGAAAAUAGCAUGGGGACUGGGUUACUCUUUUGUCAAGUACAAGCUAUUAACAAUGCUGGGGAGCAGUUAAGGAAAGAAGAAAGCUAAACAUGCAGCAGCGUGAUGAAAGCCUCAGGUUACUGACUCUCUGAAAUUUUGCAGAACUUGUGUGAGCGUAUUUAUCAGCCCGUCAUAACGCUGAGUUUUCAUGGCUGUGAGCUUAUAGUGGGAAAAGCAGAUUAGCCAACAGGCCACUGACAGUUGUGUCGUGUCUGUGCUGCGGCAUCGAUGGCAGCACGGUCUGCGGCGGCAGCUGUUAGGGGUUUGGUACUGGUGUUGAGAGCCAAACUCCCACCCUACUCCAGAAGGGCUGCAGAGAAAUGAGCUUUAAAUAGGAUUUGACAUUAGACGACAGAGGAGAUGACAACAAUGCUGGAUGUGACGUUUUUUGUUCCUAAAUUAGAUUUUCUGCUUUUUGACAAGGCAAUGAUUUAUAAUGAUUGAUGGAACAAAAAUGAAACAUGAUGAAUUUUUAACGAAAGUAGGCAACUUCAGUGUUGGGUUAACACUUUAACAGAAUGGAAUCAGACUAAAAUUGGUGGCUGUGGACAGUUUUAGAUUUAAUGAAUUUUUCUGCUGUUUGGCAAUUUUGUGUCCACUCUAUGGAUUUUUAAAACAAUGUUUUCAGUACAUCCCCUCCUGAAUUAAUGUUUUAAGGAAUACCUUUUGAGCUUUUCUAGCAAAAGAAAUACCAUUUGUGAAUGUUUUCUGGUGUCAACAGUUAACAUGAAGCUGACUAAAGUAUGUAAUUUGAUGGUGCAAAAAACAAACAACACUUGCCUCCCUCCCUCUGCUCAUUUCAAGGCCACAAACCACAACCUUGUGCAUUCUCUCUCUCUCUCUCUCUCUCCCUCUCUGUCUAGUGAUAAAUAAGGUCAUCUUAUUUACACGCUGCCACAUGCAAAAAACAAGAAGUUUGUGCUUUAUAGCUAAACGUCUUCUCAGAAAUGUGACCACAGGGUUGUCUGUUCAAUCCCAUCAAGGGUUGGGUUGUGUGUUUGUGUUUAAGCUCUGCCAAGAGGCAUUUAACCAGAGUUAACUUCCAACUCCAGCUGCCUUCUGCAAUCAGGCUGCACAUCUGGUGAACAGUGUGUGUGUAUGUGCAUAUCGGUAUUUAUGCUAUGCACAAAUAAUUUGUGUUUGUGUGUUUGUGUUAGACAGACAGAGCGACUCAUGCCAGAUAAGGGUGUCUGGCCUGCUGAUAGACAAACCAGGGUUACUUCACUCAGCCUGUUGCCCCAUUAUCGUCAUGGCAACGAUCCUCUUGUUGAAUUCCUGAGAUCCCUAACAGCCUGAGGUCAUCAACCAAGAUAGCAGACCAAUAGGAUAAGAGGUGAGGGAGAGCAGAGGGCAGAUGAUUGGGGGAAAUCACAAACCCUUUGAUUCUUUUCAACUUAAUUCUACGGACACAACCUGACCUGGGUGAAAAAUGCAAAACCUCUCAUUGCUCAGUUGCAUUGAGAAAAUGUUACAGCACAGCAGAGCCAAGAAUAGUGACACACCCGUAGUAUACACCAUUAACAAGCACACACCUUUCUUUUUAUAUGGUUUGUUAUUGUUUUUCACUGAUUUGACUGACUCAUCACAGCAUGCAGGCAAUUUGCAUGAGGAGCAGAAAAGGUAGACAGAAAAACACUUUUUUUUAAAAUCACCAGUACCAGGAAUAAAACAUGAAUAGGAAAUGUUUUUUUUUUGGUCUAAGCAGACAGAAGAAAACAAGAAAAAGAGGGAGUCCUGUUUCAAACAAAGCCAAGGCUUGAUGAAUGGAGACUCGAAUCCUAAAUGAGACAUUUCGGAAAUAAUGCUUCCACUGCUGUUCCCAAUGACAGUCUUAUUGGAUAAAGCGGGGGUUAUGACACGGGGAGAGGAGGGAGGUAAUAAGCUUGACCAAUCGACUUUGAUUUUUCCUUUUUAUGAGAGAAAGUCAUCGUCGUGCAGAUGAAACGAAAACCAUCCAAAUGAAGGGAGUAGCUCAUCAUCCCUGUAAGAGGAAAUCUAUAAACCACUGACAGUUAAAGUGAAAACGAGGUUGUGAUGUUGAACCAUUGGAGCGGUGUUUGUUCCACAUCGCUAGGCUCAAAAUGGAUUUACUAUGUUUUGAGGGGCUUUGUCUUGCUCAAAGACAUUUCGGCAGAUUGUGACCACGCAGCAGACGUUUUAGCACUUAAACGGUGACCUGUGACAUUUACAUUACAGGACAGUUUUGACUAGUCGCAGCACCGGCCUGGUGCCUUUUGUCAUGAUCAAAAUAAAGCAAUAACAUAUGGCAAAGGAAAUAGCCGCAGCCUAUAACAACACACAGUGAAGAUUUUUGAUGAUUAUUUAAAGCAUUUUCAACAUUUUGAAUUGUGUCAAAAAUUUGACCAAAUAUAUAAGCUUUGAGUUUUUAUUUGAUAAGGAUUUUUUGGACUGUCUGCCAACAAAAAAAACUGCAAUAAACAUGGCAUCUUGCUUCAGGUGAUUGGAACAGAGGGAAUAAAUUAAAACUGUAUACGAGACGGGGUGAUGGGGCUGCAGACGGCAGAGGUUUGGAGUUGUGUUGCUAGGAAACAGUUCAGGCGCCGUCUUUAUUUCCUGUCAGUUAUUGAUAUUAGCAACAGGAAACAAACUUAGACCCAUUUGGAUUGUUAAUGUUUUAAAUUGGAGUGGUCUAAACAGAGGAUGUCAGUGAGUGUUUUCGAAAUAAGUAUUUAUAUUGUUGUAUACAUACUUUGGUAUAUCAGGCCACUCUCAGGAUCUAGUUCUUCUAAAUAUUGGCAAAUAAGGUCAUUUUCCCAAGAAGUUGUCUUAUCACGACAUAUUUUCAUAAAGAAGAUCAAUUUAUUGAGUUGUGUAGUAUUAUUCUUGAGCAGGUUUUAUAUACCUUAAAACUUAAAGGGGCACUCUAAUGAUUUUGCACUUACAUAAAGGUGAGGGACACAGAUUAAAAAAAGAAUGAUAAAAAUUUGGUCGAUAUAUCCUCCAAGAGGACUUCAGAUUUCCCAUAUUUGCAACUCAAUAGCAUCUUUUUGCUACACCUUUCUGCCUAGUAAAUGUUGUCUUACAAUGCCAUGCAACAAGUUUAUAACACAGGCUUUUUGUUGUGAAUUUUUAGUCUCCAAGCCCAAACUGAUCAGAAAGAUCAUUCUAAAAACAUUUUACAGCAGUUCUCACAGGUGUGGGACUAAACAUGGCUAGUAAACCGAUGUGUGUAUGUGUCAAAUAAGUCAAGUGAAGUGCCCAUUUAAUGUAUCCCAAGGCUAGACAACUUUUAAGAUACAGAAAAUUGUCACAAAAAGCAGCCUUCAAAAUCCCCAUUAUCAGUCCAACCCUCUUUUUAGCACACACACUAACCAUCAACACAUGUUUGUAGCAUACAGCACAAUUCAUUGUGGGGUUAUCUUAUACAGAUGUGUGUCUCCAGGGCUGUGUUGCCCCACCACAAUCACCCCCCAUCUGUUGUUGUGAUUGUGGAGCGGCUGACUAGCUGCCCGUCUACAGGGCUUGCAUGCCUUCACGGCUCUGGUCCCCCGCCAGUCCUGUGGCUUUCAACGAUUGAUCUUUUCCAAGAAACAUUAGCAGCAGGCAGGCCGGAAAUCAAGGAGGGUGUGGGGCGCUGAGAAAGGAGGGUCAUUUUACUGGGGUCCCUUUUUGACUUAGUUCUAAAAGUAAUUUUUCUUUCUCUCUGUGGCUCAUACAUGGAUCUGGAAUGUGUGGAAAUCUUUAGAAAAAUUAGAAAAAAUGCCAAGUCCUUAAUUUUGACUCGUCAUCUCACACAUUUUAGUUUAGUUUAUACGUGUGAAGAACAGUUUUUGUCGAUGGAACAUUGUGGCUGAAACGCUUCAUAUCAAAUCAGGAAAUUAAAUUGGGAUUUUGAAAUAGGAACCAGCACACGCCUCCUGCCAGACCACAGCAGAAAUCUGCUGCUGUUGUCAUUUUUGCUGUAAACAUGUUCAUUUUCUUCAUGAAAGCAACGGAAAGCAGUCACAUUCCACAAGCUGAGCAAUCGCAUUAACUUCGACACCUGCAAAAAUGUGUCACCACUGAUUGGAAAGUACUUGAUGUUACUAACCACAAGCAUUGGCCAAAACAAGUGCAAGUUAUUAUCCUCCCAUUUUGCUUAGUUGGACUUCAGGGCUGGAUUUGUUAGUGUUAGGCUGAAACACUACAAGUAGUAUUAUAGGGGUCAAUUUACUCAAAUUACACAACACUUCCCUCUAGUGCUACAGUAUCAAGGAAUUGAACAGAAUUUCAUUUUUAAUGGUUACAGCUUUGAAGAUUUACAUUUAAUGUCUUUCCAGCUUUCCUUGAAGCUAUUUUCUACCCAGUAAAUACUCCCUAUGAAAACUGUCAACCUAAUAUUCUGUGGAUUAGGAGACACUGUUGGCAAGACUACUAGAAUUAAGUGAGAACAUUUGGGUGUACUGGCCCUUUACACCAUAAAAAAGGUUUUUGUGAACCAUAAAUGUUAAAUUCUUCCACUGAGAAGUAAAAACUUCCUCAGCAAAUCAAUUGGGCACAGCGCAGUUGUGUUCAGUAAAGCAGGCAACUUGCGUAAAAGUUGCAUGGAAAAUAAUUUACCUUAUCACGCAUUGAAGUGGGCUCCAAAACAACAACAAAACCCAUUAAAUUAAGCAGCAGUUUAGAAGCAGUGUUGAAUAUAAAAUAAUGGAAACAUUUGUAAUGAUGACUGGAAAAUUUCCUCUGUAAACAUGCCACGUUUUGUCUGACGAAUGUGUCUGGCAUUUAUAACAGCGAAAUAGGAGAGGUGUGUGAGUGAAUCAGGACACAUAACACGUCUGAAUGCGUUCCAGGACAGAUUGUUGGCUUCGGGGUGGAUGCAGGACAAGUCUGGUCCAGGAGUCCAUAUGUUGUGACACUGCAGAUCAAAAAGAAGAAAGUCAGUGUGGCACUGCAGAGACAGAUGGACGCAGUGACACAUACGCGUGCGAAAUGUCGGGCAUAUAGACAAGCCGACACCUGGCUACAGAUCAAAUGCCAUCAGAAACUGGAGGGGAAGGGAGGAGUGUUGAAUGUGUGUCUCUCUUUGUGUCGAGCGUACACUAUAUGGCCAAGAAUAUGUGGACAACACUAUCAGCAUUAUUUGCUGUAGUUUGGUUUGGGGUUGUUUUUCAUGAUUAAGACUAGACCCAUUGGUUUUAAUCUUGGCAAAACAGUGAAUAACUGCAUUUCCCAAAAUUUCAAACCUUUCCUUUAAUGCCCAACAAGUGUUAAUCUGUUAUAUCUGAAAUGUGUGGGUGUGGUUUGAUCAGAUUUGACUGACUUCUGAAUCAAAUGUCACUAAAUCCUGGUUGGUUCAGGGACUUAGGGGACUUUACCUUUUUGAGUCCCGCCCACUUCAAACUGGUGGAAGAGCACAGAGGAAAUAAAUCUUGGAUGUGAAAUAACCAAAAGUCUUCACACUUUGGCAGAAUAUUGUGUAGUCACAUUGCUAUUUUAAAUGGCUUCUUCCUGUUUCAACAUGACAAUGCCCUAGUGGUCAAAGUAAGGUCCCUAAAGGAAUGGUUUUCCCAGAUUGCUGUGGAAGAUCUUGACCUCAACACCAUCCAACACCUGUGGGGUGAAUUGAUCAAUGUUCUUGCGGCUAAAUGGCCAAAAAUCUCUGUGGCCCCGUUCCAAACUCUUGUGAACAGCCUUCCCAGCAGGGUAGAAGCUGUUAUAGCUGCAGAUUAAUGAUGGUUUUGGAGUGGGAUGUUCAACAAUCACAUAUGGGUGUAAUUUCAGGUGUCCACAUACUCUUGUCCAUGUAGUGUGUGUUUAUUCCAUUUUGCGUGCAUGAUCUACUUUAGUCUACCUGCAAUGCUCAGAAACUUGCUGUCCCUUAGCGGCCCGACCUAAACUGAGGCAGAGAAGGAGAGGGUGACAUGGUUAGAAAAAGGCAAAUGAAGGGAAGGGAAGGGAAGGGAAGGGAAGAGUGAGGGAAAGAGCGUGAGGGCGAACCUCCAGAGGGGUUUGAAUUCCCUGCAAUCAGAAACGGGAACAGCGAUGGAAAGAGGGAGUAACUGAUCCUUACAAUCACAGACUUUCCACAUUUGUAGUCUACCCUUUUUUUUGGUUUGGUUAUGUUUUGCACCUAUGCUUUUGUGUGAAGUCAAUCGAUAUGUCUUUCUUUCUGUUUGAAAAGUUUUAAUGUUGUUUUUGGUGGAAAUGGAGAAACUGAGAGGCAAUCAUUUUUUAUUUUAGCCCUCUGUUUUUCUGUUUAACUUUGUUUUUGUACCUCUUUGUAACUCCAUCCACUUGGCAGCUUGAUAUUUAAUGUCUUUUAAGGCGGUGUGUGUGUAUGUCCGAGUGUGUGUGUGUGUGUGUGCGUGCGUGUGUGUGUGUGUAAGCUCAUAAACACUGUCUCAGCCUACGGCUAGAAUAGACUUCCAGUCCACCUCACAGAUUUUUUACCUCCUUUGAUGCUAUAAAGGGGACUUCAUACUGUGGCAGGCCUCUUGUUUGCUCUCUGUUGUGUUGAUGACAAACUUUUUCUUGUGACCUUAACAGCAUCACAUAACCACUUGAUUUAUGACUUUGUUUUGACCUUUUUAUUUGAAUAUUUUUUCAUGAUGUACUCCAUUUCCUACCUUCACACAUGGCGCAACGUAUACAGUUGACACUCACAGAUAACUACAGCCAACACAUACACACAAAGACACGCAUGUAGUACAGCCUCUGUUUUUUACUGAGGUCUGGUUGUGGCCACUUCCUCUGCUGGUCAAACAGGCAGACUACUGUAGCUGCUCUGUUUGUGCCCUCGCUGUUAUGUGAUCACUAUGAAGGCUACCAUUGUGUGACCAAAAAACAUUUUUGUUGUCGCUCAGCCACUCAGAACCGGUUUGGGCCAGAGCCCCGACCUAAGAGGAACCCAGCAUACGGGGAAAAAAACUGCCAUUUUUGCCCUCAUCUUUUCUUUAAUGUUCUGUGUCUGACUGACAGCAAAGUGGUGCUGGUAUUAUGCUCUUUGUUUUGUGUUCAGCAUUUUCCCCCUCUUUAUCUCUGAUAUCCUCUGUUUUUUUUGUCCCUCCACAUAGACAAAGAUGUAAAAAACUGAUAAAAAAGAAAGCGAUGAUUAUUUCUUUUGAAAAAAAAAAGGUUUUUUUAUUUGAGUUGCAUGCCGAAAUGCAUAUAGUAUUUCUGCCUGUAAAACUAUGAAUUGCACCUUAUUGGAGGGAUGUGGUUUUGUUUUGUUUUGUAAUGCCUACGUAAAGAUUUUUUAUUUUUUGUUUAUUUUUAAUUUUGUUAAAAUGUUACUGUUAGCUAGUCAGGCAAUAUAUUGUAUCGUAAACAGGGUUUUGAUUUUGCAUAUUAAUACCAGGUUUCAUCAUAAUUGAUUUAGUCACUGGUGUUUGUUGUGGGACGGCUUCAUUAAGCAGCAUCAAAAGAUAGGCCACAAAAGGGGUGAACAUACAAAAAGACUUAA